UUUGGUUUAAUUCUGCUCAGCCAUGGCUGGCCUUCGGCUUCCUCGUAGAUCUCUCCUGGUGACUGCCCAGUACCCACGGACGAUCUCGCAUAGAUUGUUCUCCAGUUCUCUUCGCGUUAUGACAGAGCAGGCUUUUCGGACGGAAAGAGAUACCUUUGGCGACCUGAAGGUGCCCGCCGACCGCUAUUGGGGAGCACAGACUCAGCGAUCGCUGCAGAACUUCGAUAUCGGAGGCCCCACGGAGCGGUUACCUCCUCCCUUGAUCAAGGCCUUUGGUGUGCUAAAAAAGGCUGCUUCGAUUGUCAAUGUUGGGUACGGAAUGGAUCCGAAGGUUGGUCAGGCUAUUCAACAGGCCGCAGAUGAGGUCAUCUCGGGGAAGCUGAUUGACCACUUCCCCUUGGUCGUGUUUCAAACGGGCAGCGGAACGCAGAGUAACAUGAACGUAAAUGAGGUCAUCUCUAACCGCGCCAUCGAGAUUCUCGGAGGCGAACUUGGUUCUAAGAAGCCAGUACACCCAAAUGACCAUGUCAAUAUGAGCCAGAGUAGUAAUGACACGUUCCCAACGGCGAUGCAUGUGGCAGCCGUCACGGAGAUUGUCAACUCGCUUCUUCCGGCCCUUGAGGGACUGCGAGAUGCCCUUGCCGCGAAGUCUAAGGCCUUCGACCAUAUCGUCAAGAUUGGUCGCACCCACUUGCAGGAUGCUACGCCCUUGACCCUCGGUCAGGAGUUCAGCGGCUAUGUACAGCAGGUCUCUAACGGUAUCGACCGCGUGAAGGAUAUCAUCCCUCGGUUGAGCUUCCUCGCUCAGGGUGGAACAGCUGUUGGAACUGGCUUGAACACGAGAAAAGGCUUCGAUGUGAAGAUAGCAUCGGAGAUCUCCAAGAUCUCAGGCAUCGAAUUCAAGACGGCUCCGAACAAGUUUGAGGCGCUCGCUGCCCACGAUGCUCUCGUUGAGGCUCACGGUGCUCUGAAUGUCCUCGCCUGCUCGCUGAUGAAGAUCGCGAAUGAUAUUCGCUACUUGGGAUCGGGACCGCGUUGUGGCCUCGGAGAGCUCAGCCUUCCCGAGAACGAGCCUGGAAGCAGUAUCAUGCCCGGAAAGGUUAAUCCGACGCAGUGUGAAGCGCUCACUAUGGUAGCUGCACAGGUCAUCGGUAAUCAAACUGUUGUCAGCAUCGCUGGCUCUAACGGACAGUUCGAGUUGAACGUCUUCAAGCCCGUCAUCAUCAAAAACGUGCUGCAGAGCAUCCGUCUGUUGGCGGACGGCUCUCGUUCGUUCACGAAGCAUUGCGUUGUCGGCAUUGAGGCCAACGAGAAACGGAUCAACACGCUGUUGAACGAGUCGCUGAUGUUGGCUACGAUCCUCAACAGCCAUCUCGGUUACGACAAUGUUGCGAAAUGUGCCAAAAAGGCGCACAAGGAGGGCACGACGCUGAAAGAGGCGACGAUUGCGCUUGGAUUCUUGACGCCAGAGGAGUUUGAUGAGAAAGUGCGGCCAGAGCUGAUGCUCUACCCUGAUGAGGCGUAGAAAGACACUUACACCCUGCGAGCUUCUUGGUUGCCAUAAAUGGAAUGAGCAGUGUGUUCUCGG